CCUAGUGGGGGCUACAAGGUAAUGGAGAGAGUUCUGAGGGCUCUUGGACCCCACUCCCGGGCAUGCACCUCCUCGGUUGCGUUCGAUGGCAAAAUUCCGAAUGCGGUGAGGACGCGUGUAGAUUCCUCUUCCUCCCACAGGAGGUGAAGAGAAGGAACUGCCGGCUUAUCAGAGCGGCAGCAAGUGUUCGUUGUGUGGCUCACUGAUCUCGCGAAAAGGCGGCAUCCAGUUCUCUAGAGCUCAUCUCUCACUACCAUUACCUUUUGUUGGCUUGUCACCCAAGUGGGGGCAAUAAGGUGAUGUGAAGAGUGUAGGACUUCGGGGUGUCUGGCUUCACCCGGGACGAAAGCAACCAUCACGUAACGUGAUGCAGCGUGGUCUUGAAGUACCUCGCGAAGUUCCCUCCCGCACCCAAAGAGAUGGGAGAUGCCUCCACCCUCCGAGAAGGGGAAGGAGAUGAGAUUGCUGGCUUCUCAGAGCAGCAAUGUUGCAAGUUCCUUCAAGGUCUGUCCAGUUCUCAGAGCUCUCCUCACUUCUACCAUCACCUUUUUAUUUUUUUUCUACCAUCCAUAGAUAGAAAAUUUGAGAAAAGAGAGACUCCCACUGUUUCCAACUUCCAAGUGAAACCAAUAUUUAUCAUCAAUUCAAUAAUACUCUCCCGUGUCUAAAUUACUUGUUUCAAUGUUGAUUGAUAUAGCAAUUUGAUUUUAUCGAUUAAUGGUUUCAUUUAAUUUAAUAAAUAAAAAUAUUUGUA